UACAUUGGUUAUCGACGCCGCAUUCAUAAUUGGAAGUAGUUGAAUUGGCUUUUUAAAGUGAGAAUAAAUUUUGUUGAAAAAGUGCGCGUUAUUCACAGAAAUUAGUUGUAAGUUUUAAUAAAUAAAUUCUGUAGAGUAAACAGGAAUAAUGGGCAAAGCUCAAAGCAAAAGGUCUGUAGACAUUACUACGGACGGAAACAAAUGUGCUGACAGUAAUAUUCAUGAAAAAAUGGAGAAAAUAGAUGUCGAGAAUGGAUCAAACGGCGAGUUAGCACUCCCCAUUAAUUAUCAGGCAGACAACUGCGAACACGUUGAGCACAACAAAGAUGCUAAACCAGAGAAAAUAGUUGAAUCGGAGUCGCCUGAGCAAUCUACAAACUAUGUUAAAACUUCUCCUGAAUCUGAAAAUCAAAACGAUAGUCCCAAGGAAACGGUUGCUCUGGCCGACGAAAACUCAAUGAAAAAGUCUAAAAAGGAAAAAGUUAAAAAAAAGUGGUCUUUUCGUAAUAUUUCGUUUGGGAAAAAAGACAAACAGAAGCCCGGAAAAAGUGAAGAUACCCCAGAAAAGGCUUCAGCUAUGGUCAAUGGAACAGAUGCCAACACAUUACUAGACGCCGAAGAAUCUGAAAAGCAGCGAGAGUCCACCAAUGACACUGAAAAUGAAGUGGUAGAAUUAAAGUGUAAUGAAAAUGGUAAUGUCUCAGAAUGUAAAGUGAAUGUUCAACAGAAUGAAGAAACUUUGGACAAUAAAAAAGAGGAAAUCGACAGGGGGAGCCAUAAUAACAUUGAAGACAAUGUCAAUGGAACAAAAUAUAUGCCUGAAGUUUUAUCAACAGAAAGUAACACAAACGAAAUCCUAACAGUUACAAAAAGCAGUGAGGAAAUGGUUCUGAAAGAAGAUACAUCAACUGAAUUUGACUCUGUAAAAGAAGCUGCAGAAAAUAACAUUUUAUCGGAUGUCAAACCAGAAGCCAUUUCUCUAAAUGGAAAUGUUGACGAUGUCAAUCAGAAUAUGUCGCUGCUUGAUGAUGAAAAUUCCCAUAAUGAGGUAAAAAUCAACACUGAAAAUUAUCAAGCAGAAACCCUUGACGUUUUUUCCAACUGUACAUCCAACCCUUCAAAUGUCCCAGUAAAUGCUCAAAAUGUAAAAACAUCGGAUACAACAAAGCCAGAUGUGGAAUCUGAUACAAGUGAUCAAAUUUCAAGUAAAUCACAUGAACAUGAUAAUAAAACCAUUGUUGAUGAUAAACUUGGAAAUGGAUCUUCCCCUCCACCUCUUCCCAUAUCCCCACCCCCUUCUCAUGUCGCGGUAUUUGCAUUUAUUAACAAUGACGAAUCCACCAACAAAGCAAUGGAAAAAAAUGCAGACAUAGCUACUCAAAUGGAAAAUGUUACUGAAGAAAUCAUGUUUUCUGUUGAUUCUGUCAAUCUUACUGAUAAAUCAGAUGUUAAUGAAACAAGCCCUCAAGAAUUAAUUUUGUCUAACGAACCGCCCGUAUCUGCGGGUAUCAAAACCGAUGGCGAGGAUAACAAAGAAACAGAUAGUCAACUUCUAUAUACUGAUAGGUAUAAAGAAAAUGACAAUAUUAAGGAAGUAACCAUCAAUGACGAUGGUAGAAGUAAAGAAUUUGAUUGUUCUGCAAAUGAAGUUAAUUAUAUAGGAAGAGAAAAAACUGUAGUUGAAAAUCACACCGAAAACUCUCUUAAUACCUCUCUGUUUAGGGAAAGUACUACAAAAGAAGAGGAUGUAGAAAUACCAGAAGAAUGUAACUUAACCACUACACUCUCGCCGUCAAAAGUUUCCCCAGAGUCAUGCACAGAAUUUGUUAUAAAAAACGUCUAUAGUGAAUGCAUUAUCGCUCCUAAAUCUACAAGCGGCGAAGAGUACAAGACCGAUGAUUUAAAGAAAGAAGAAAUAAAGGCUAAUGCAUUGGAAUCAAUGGAUACUAUCACCCAUUCAGAAGUGAAACAAGAUCCCUCCGUAGAAAGCGAAUAAUUACGCUAAUUAUAAAAAUUAUAUAUUAAAUACACAUUUUUUACAUAUAUAUUUUAAUCAUUUUGUACAACUUCAUAUCCAUAAUCCAAGAUUAUAUGCAAAAUAAAGUACAUAUUUUAUUUCCGAAAAAUGAAAGUCGUAAUCGCGUAA